UUCGCAAAAUGCUUCCCAACUUAUUAGGUUUAUAGUUGUUAUAAAGUGAAAUCGUAGAGCGCUUGCUGUAAACUAUGACCUUGAGAGGACGCGUACGUCAAGUUUUCUGCAAACGUCAGAAGUUUCAUAGCUGUGCUCUCAGAGCAAGAUUCUGAAAAAGAAAAAAAAGAGAAACAGAAGAGCAGCAAGGCACUUGGAUAUGAACGCCAAAGGUUGCUUAACAUUGUGUAGUAGUACGGACAGAGAGUGAAGUGAAGUCCGAGGCUCCAUAUUAGAGAAUGUACUAAUAAAGAACAAUGAGUUGUGAUAUUUAACAAGUUGGAGUAAGCUCACAUGAAGGAAAGGAAGUCAAGGUUGGUACAAGGGAAGCGGUUUAUUAGAAGGGUGUGUAUAUAGAGGGUAUAGUGUUAAGAAUACUAGUGACUAUAUCUUUUAUUGUCUUUUUUCUUUUUUUUUCUGUCCAUCCGAUGUCGGCCACGCAAUCCUAGUGUAAAAGUCUGAGUUAGCGUGUUUUAGGUUGUCUUAGUAGAAUAGCUAAUCCAGCAUAAUAUUGGAAACAUGAGUCUGAGUGGUGAGCGUAGGAAGACAAUCUAUAUCUCAGAUUGACUGUCUUAUUCUCAAUUAUAAAGAGCCUGGUACAUACAAAGUGCUCUGUCCCCACAAACACGGGUGGAUUGAAGUUAUCGCCCUCACCAUCAAUGCUUGCUGGUCAGUAACUCCACCCUCCCUCCCUUUGUGAUGUUAGGCUCAUUUAGGCUUAUUUUUUGUAUACACGUCAUACCUCACACAAUCCUCUGUUUCACAGCCUGUUGGAAAGCACUAUUUCUAUAAGUACCAUUUUACAAGCUUAUCAGGCAGUUACAAGCUAUGGACUGCGGGUAAAGCAUCGAUGCAGUGCCUCUGUUGACUAUAGUAUAAAGUAUAGUUUGCCAAUCAGAGUAUAAGUGUUAGGAAGGGUAUAUUGUAGGAUAGUUGUUUAUUUAAGCAGGCGGAAAGAGUAUAGAAGUAUGAGUUGUGGAUAAGGGAACGGGUGGAGAAAUAAUAUUAAUUGCUAGUCAACACAGUGUACAGAAGAGUAAAAUGUUAAUACAGGAUAAACAGGAAGGAACUCACAGUAACUUAGUGCUGAUGUUAUUUUCUGUUGUCUUAACCAGUUGAUUGGUAACAGGUUCCAUAGAUGCAAGACCACUGGUAGUAGGCAGCCGAUUGUGCGGUCCUCUUGACUUUUCAGGGUGGUAGUGAGUGUCCCUUAUCGACCGAGUUUAGUUUAACAGUAAUGAUAGGUCCAGUGAGUUACCUGUCUACUUCAAGUGAAGAAAUAGGGUGGAAAAAGUAAUUAAUACAACUGCAAAGUAGGAAAAAUAAGGCAAACUGAACUUGAAGUCCAAACUGAACUUGGAUCCUACAUCAUCCCCACAUUCAAAACAGGAUCACGUAGUGAUAUUACUAACUAUAGAACCAUGGAAAAAAUCAUCCACAAACAGCUAUUAUCAUUUUUACUUUCGGCUAGUCUGAUCAGCCCAUCCCAACACGGGUUUAUGACUAAACGCUCAUGUUUCACAUCGCACCUGGAGUUUUUUGAUCAAAUUACCCAGAAAAGAGAUGUUGAAAGGCUUUCGACAGUGUCUCACACAAACUUCUUCUUUUAAAACUCUCUUCAUUUGGCAUACAGAAUCCCCUUUUAUCUUGGCUCAAAUCUUUUUUAGAAGAAUGUAGCCAAAUCGUUCGCUUUGGAUCUUGCUACUCUAAACCUGUGAAUGUAACCAGUGGGGUUAUACAAGGAAGUGUGGUUGGUCCAUUACUCUUUCUCCUUUUUAUCAAUGAUGUGUGUUCCCUCUUUCAGCAUGGUAAGCCUUUCCUUUUUGCUGAUGACCUGAAAGUAGUUUAUUCACUCUCUUCUCCCACGAAAGAAAGCUAUAUUUCAGUGGUAAUCCAAGAGGAAAUAAACAAGUUGUACGAAUGGACUAUUUCGUGGAAUAUGCCACUUAAUGUUGACAAAAGUGGAGUUAUUCACAUUGGUCGCUGUCUUAACUUAAAUAUGACUGUACAGACACAUACACUCAAACCUCUCAACACUGUUUGUGACUUGGGUUUAAGAUCUAGCAACAGUCUGAACUUUUCUGGACACAUUGCAUCUCAACUAUCCAAAGCUAGAAAACUCAUCGGAUUCAUAAUGACAAACUUCAAUAAUCUUGAAUCGAGGUUAUUGUUAUACAGAAAAUGUAUCUUACACAUUCUUGAAUAUGGUAUUUUAGUUUACAGUAACUGCAGGCAUAAUGACCCGAAUAAAAAUGAAUGUGUUCAAAGAAGUUUCACCAAAGCUGUUCUGAGGUAUUCCGACAACAAAGAAUAUCACCAAAGAUGUCAACAACUCAAACUAGAACCUCUGUGGAUCAGACAUAUCAAAUUAAAUCUUGUUUUUAUCUACCGGCUUAUUAAAAAUAUUUCCUACUCCUCGGUAUCCACCACUUCAUACUCUCUGGUAUCAUCCCACAAUCCACGCAAUAAGGAAAACAUUCCAGUGAUUCCAAAAACCCACACAAACUUACGCCAUAAUUUUUUCGUUAUUCUCUACUCAACCAUUUGGAACAGACUGCCAGUGAACCUCCUCUGCAGUGAAACUACAACCCGGUUCAGAAGUCUCCUUGAUGAUUUUCUUUCCGAAGGUGGAUUUUGUCACCUAUUGAGUAUCAAUGUACUUAAUAAUGAUUUGUACAAACAAGGUCCGUCAUCCAUCUAAUUGACUGAAAAGCAUAAUGUAACCUUUGAAACUUUUCACGUCCAUUUUAUUUUACUUCUAUACGAAGUCUGCUUAUGUUCGUAUCUACAAUUAUU